AUGGCAGGAUCCCACAGCCCUGCAUCAGAUCCUGUGGACCUCGAGUGCCAGCAAUUGCGAUCCCAGCUGGCAAAGAGCCAACAGGACUACUGGGAGCUCAAGGAGAAGUUUCUCAUAGCUGAGGCCACAAACUUUGCCCUGGCCAAGGAGCUGAAAAAAUACAAUUGUGAGAAGUUUAAAAACAUCAUUGAGUCCAUACUGACCAAGAAGUUCCACAUUGAGGAGCCUCUGGCAGAGAAGCCCACAGUCCCAGAGCUGCUCAGGAAAUCCCCGUGGCUGUGUUUCUGGGAAUCCAGUCACCAAUUAGCUUUGGUCCUCUAUCAGGACCAAGAACUUUCCCAGUUACGUCCCAAGGUCCAAAGGGGGAGAAAUCUAGCCCACAUCUUGCAGCAGUACCUGAAGGACGUGCUCACCCUGCAUGACCCUGAGACCUGCAAGGGGCAGGGCUUCCGACGACUACUCACUGAGGCUGUCCGGCUGUCAGCGUGCCUUGAGGACCUGCUUGGAGCAGAAAAUAUUGAAGAGGAGGAAACGCCAGCACAAGGACCUGUUGCUGACAGGGAGCUCUUGGAAGUAAAUGAAAUGGAAACCCCACAAAGUUCACAGCAGGAAACAUCUAUCACUGGUGCUGUUGACCACCUGCCGAGUGACUCCUGCCUGACUGAGGGCACUGUGCAAAUGUCUCCUGAUGCUGAGGACACCCACGGUGUGCUAGGUGUAGACGGGGAACAUGCUUGUUCACAGAAGAAAGAAGAACCUGUCACCAUUCUCCCAGAAAAGGAAAAUGACAAUGAUGAAGUGCAAGAGGAAGCACAAGCCCUGCCGCACACUAGUCUCAUCAGGGAGAUUCCAGAAAUUGAAGAUCAAGAUGUCUCACAAGACUCUCACGAACUGAGUUUGGUUGCUGCCCCUGAGAGGAAGACCCGUUCCCAGCUGAAGGGAGCUCCUCACAAAGAUCCCAUCACCAGCACCUGUGAGAGUCAGAGCAUCAGCCCCAGCGAUGUCCCCAGUUCCCCAAAAGAAAAUGUUAUCAAAGGAAAAUGGAAGCCCAGGAAAUGGGAACUGGCCUGCCAAUUCCCUGGCCUGGAGAAGAAGGGCAAACCACAGCCCACAGAGAGGAAAAUCGCAUGCCAAUUCCCUGGACUGAAGAAGGGCAAACCACAGACCAACAUAUCCCAAAUACAGUUGGAAGGACAGAACAGUAUUGCUAAUUGUAACAUCCCCACCUCUUCAAAACAUCUAACACAGGAGCUCCGCUUCAACAGCAACCAGAACACCAAGAACACAAUUUCAACCCCAUGA